UUUGGCCUAGUUCACUGCUCAUUAAUCAUCUUGACCCAAUGUGGAGAUUCCAUUUGUCCACUCUGCUUUAUGACAAGAUUGUGUGUGUGUGUGUGUGUGUGUGUGUGUGUGUGUGUGUGUGUGUGUGUGUGUGUGUGUGUGUGUGUGUGUGUGUGUGUGUGUGUGUGUGUGUGUGUGUGUGUGUGGCCUCGUGGUGAGUUACUCUUUAACUCACCUGACAGCACCGAAACUCCCCGGGAACAAACUAUGAUCUUUGGUGUCAAAGAGGUGAUCGAGGGUGUCCAAGAUAAGAUGAACAUCCUGAAACAUUUUUUAAAAAAUCAUACAGUAUUAAUGAUUAAAUUUUAAUUUGCAUCAUUUCCACUUUUUAUUUGGUAAUGCAUAUUGCAUUUUAUGUUACAGUUAAUUAUACACUCAAAUUACAUAAGUCAAUAAUCCAUAUUCAUCCUCCCUCACUUUUACACGAGUACGUAAAAAAUUUAUUUAAUUUUUUUUCUGUCUUUACAAGUAAUCAAAUCAAUAAUAAAGAGGACAACAUAAAGUGAUGCAAAGCCAACAAGAGGGCGGUAAAAAUUACGCCAUAAAAACAAAUAUUUAUGAUGGAUCAAUCAAAAUGAUGCCAUGUGCAAUAAGUCCGAUUUAUUUUAAUGCUGGACAUGAAUUUGUCCAUUUUUUUGGUAUGGUUUGAAUAACGGCUUUAAAAUGUAGAAAGCUGAAAUCGUUCAUUUUUGGGGAAUUGCAUGUCGACAAUUCACAGCUUCCAUCUUGACCUCUAUCCGUAAAAACGUGAGCUUAUGUGUUUUAUCUAAAUGGUGUCAAUUUAGCAGACUAUCAGUGUGAGAGAGUUGUUAUCAGAAAGCUAAUUUAUGAACACACAAACCAUAUUGGGUAACUUACACCUUUUUGUUAUUUGAUUUCCACUUCCUGAAUUAAGCCUUUUGUGCAAAUACACUUGUAAAUGUAAUCUUGAUAGAUUACCUCCGCCUUGUGUCAUUAAAUAAAGUAAAUGUUAUUUGUACGAUGGUGCGGUGCAUCAAGUAGUACCCGACCAAGAUAGUAUGUAAAGCUUCUGAAUUGGGUUGGAGUGGGUGUACCGGAUAAGGCAAAGGACAAACACAAAAGUUUAGAAAAACAGCAAAAAGAGUCAAAAACAAAGAUCAUAAAAAAAACUAAAAGAUGCUAAGUGAAAACACUGAGUAAACAGAUGUGGAGGGAAAAAAACAUUAAGACUCAAAAAAGGAAAACUAAAUAUAAAGACAAAAGUAUAAAAAAGUAGAAAGACACUAAGUAAAAAGGGCAUGUGUGGCAAAGAUGACCAUUGGACUCUGCGUGAUAAACACCUGUUGCGAUUCACGGGUGUAAAAUGGAAUCAGAUACGCGGUUUGUAUGUGCAGGGAAAAAGGAAAGGAGGUUGAAGUGGGCGGAGAGAGCAGGUGGUAUAUAUCAACGUUUUAUCACUCCACUUUUAACAUUUGGCAAAAACUUAUUGACGCAAUACACGCCUGCCUUCAUUACCUCUGAUGCUUUGAUUUGUGCUACGGCUUGGAUACGAAGACUUGACGGGCCUCAGUGGUGAGGGGCACGACAUGGAUCCCAUUGUGGAAGUAGUAGCUCUGAUCCUGGGCUUCAUCGGCUGGGUAAUGGUGGGGGUCGCCUUACCCAACCGCUACUGGAAGACGUCCACUGUGGACGGGAACGUCAUCACCACGUCUACCAUCUAUGAAAAUCUGUGGAUGUCCUGUGCCACCGAUUCCACGGGCGUUCACAACUGUCGGGAAUUUCCAUCUCUGCUGGCUUUGAAUGGUUACAUCCAGGCAUCGCGUGCCUUGAUGAUUGCAUCCGUGGUAAUGGGCACCUUCGGACUGGUGGCAGCCCUCAUCGGCGUACAGUGCUCCAAAGCUGGGGGAGACAACUACGUCUUGAAGGGAAGGAUAGCCGGCACCGCCGGAGUCCUAUUUAUCCUGCAAGGCUUGUGUACAAUGGUCGCUGUGUCCUGGUACGCCUUCAAUAUCACCCAGGAAUUCUUUGACCCUUUCUACCCCGGCACCAGGUACGAAAUAGGUGAGGGGCUAUACAUCGGCUGGUGCUCGGCCGUGCUCGCCAUCGCUGGAGGGGCGUGUUUGACUUGCUCUUGCAGGACAGCCCCGGAAGAAAAGUACCCUUUCCCUCAAACAAGAGGAACUGCGUAUUCUGGACCGGCCCGGACCAGAAGUGUGAUUGCCAGCACUUACGGUCGAAAUGCGUAUGUUUGAACAGAAGCAUUGGUAUCUCAUCUUUUUCUUUUUAUACUCAUAAUAAUUUUUUUGUAGAUAUGCUAUAAUGUGUAAAAUAUUUUUCAUUUUGUACAUUCCUCAAAUUGUUAUUUAUAUUCACAUUUCAAGUAUUCACAAACGAUCUUUGAUUUCAAUGUGUGUGUGUGUGUUUUAUACAGGCAUUUUUGGAAUUUUUUUUACAAUGUGCAGAACAAAUGUAUAUAUUUGGCCAUUUUUAUGAUGAAUAUUUGAGUAAAAUAGACAGGCAAAAUAA